UUCUGUCACAUAGGUCCCCUGGGCUAAUAUCACUACAGCUGCGAUGGAAACCGAUGUUGUGUAGAAGAUUUGUCACGAUAUAAGGGAACACUUAUUGUGCACGUUGGCCUAUGUGAGGCUUUAUAGCAUAUAAAUACAGCCCUCUAUGGCGGCCGAGGUCAACCUGUGCUCAGCACAGAUGAUGCGUUAACGCACCGUAGACUACACAAGUUGUCUACAUUAGCUGCGUGGGGUUUGCUAUCAGCGUUUGUACUCUUCUGGCCGCGGUAACCUCUCACAGCCGGAUCCACGUGCCUGAUGGGAAGGGCAUGUGACGUAGCAGCUACCGGUAUAUACGUCACAGGUAAACAACUGUGGACUGUCACUCCUAUGGGCUUUUACCAACACUGGACACAGAUACUGCGUUCGUGAAGACGCUGUAAUAGACUUAAGAAUAGACAGUCAUAUAAUUAUUGUGAGAGUAUCACUUGAAAACUGUGGGUCAAGGCUACCAAGCAUAAGAAGGGCAAAUUUUGCGUUACGGAGAAGAUUAGGUUGGGAAAGUGGGUAACAGUUAAAUGAGAUUGUUUUUCAACACCUGAUUCAGGUGAAAAUAACUCUAACCAGACCAUGCCAUCAAGAUUCCACCAAACACCAGGUAUCAUAGUAACACUAGCUUUGGGUGUUAUACUAUGGAGUAGCUCAGCAGUCGGAGUUUCAGGUUUGACAUUUACUCUUCAUGGCGGACGGAAGACCGAUGGAAUUGUCAUGGUGGAAAAACAAGGCACAUUGCACUAUGUCUGUGUAAGGCCCCUGCUAGACGGAAGAGCUGCUAAAGCAAUAUGCAAGAAAAUGGGUUUAUCAAGCGCCAAUGCCUUGGUCAUGGACCCGAACAGGUACACAGACACUGAAGGGAUAAAAAGUGCUCUUAAGCUGAAGUUAAACUGUCCUCAGAGUAGCCAGGACUGUGAAGUGCGUGACACCAAUGAAUUCUGUUACGACGAUCCAUAUGGGCCAGUUAGAAAAGAGCUGGCUGCCUUGUAUUGCUAUGAUGAAGCAUUGCAAUACCGACUGACUAAGCCUCAUAACGAGAAGGUAGACAGAUUGGAGGUGAUGAUAAACAAGACUUGGGGACCUGUGUGUAGAACAGCACGCUCCGAAUCCUUUGCACGCGACGCCGUAAAGCCAUGGGACUACCAAGUACUGACGCUCGAGCUUAUGGUGGUGUUUAUAAUGGUGGAGACUUCCCAUCCAGUGCUCUAAUUCUGAACGAGUGUCUCAGUCCAGCAGGAACACCCCCGGGCUACUGUCAGUACAACAGGGUCGGACAGCCAUGCAUUAACGACAUGUAUUUGGGGUCUGUCGUGCGCAAAUGCUACAGAAGGACAAAUACGGCUGAAACCUGACUUCUUCGGAUUCCAGUCCGGCACAGUAGAAGUUUACCACCGCGAAGCCUGGCACAGCGUGGCCGUCAACCAGUCCAAAGCUUCAGCCAUUCAUGAGGCUACUGUUAUUUGUAGAACACUCAACUUUUCAACAAACGGAGUCGAGGGAAACGUAAGUAAAGUUUUCUCAGCACUGUGGCUCGAUAACGUGGAGUGUAAAGGGGACGAGACAAGUCUGUACGAGUGUAGCGGCUCCUCUUUGGAAAAUGUUCAGAAUACAACUUUCGGGCGUGGAUUGAAAGUGACGUGCGGCACCGGAGACGAUACUGUCCAACUCAGAGACGACGGUCUGUUGAUGAUGAGACGAGGAGGUCAGUGGGGAACUAUCUGUGAUCAAAAUUUCCAUAACUUAGACGCUGCUGUUAUCUGCAAAGCCUUGGAUAAACCAAGUUCUUUUUCCUGGGCGUCAACGGGCACAAAUGAUCCAAAGCGAACAGAAGUAAUUUGGACGGACCGUUUUUGGUGUAAAAGCAUAAAUGAUAACUGGCAAGACUGUCGUCAGAAAAAUUAUAUGAUGGCUGGCUGUACUCACAACACUGAUGUAUUCGUCACCUGUGGAACGUUAGACAAGUCGUCCGUCCAGUACCGUCUGUCUAACGGGCCGGUGCCAAUGUCGGGUGUUGUGGAAAUUCGUGUCAACGACACAUGGGGAGGUAUCUGUAGAACUGGAUUUACUCAUAAGGAGGCCGGAGUAGUAUGUCGCAGUCUUGGGCUAAGCACAGCUGGUGCAGAAGUUGUUAACCCUGAUAUAUUCCCAACACCUGGUGAUAGCCACAUUUGGCUUGGCGGAGUGAAAUGCAAAGGAUCCGAAACAUCUAUUUUAGAUUGUGAACACUACUAUAUUGGGCGCCCAAGAUGUGCAAGAUUACCCAAUGCGGCAGUCGCUGUCCAGUGCGGAGAAGCACCUGCAAAUAGGAUAGAAGAUUUCACACUGCGCCUUGUUGGAGAAGCCGACUCCAAACCCAGUCGUGUAGAGAUCAUGCUGAUGGGAGAAUGGGGAACCAUUUGUGAUGAACAGUUUGAUAGGGAUAAUGCCAAGACAGUUUGUCGACAGUUAGGCUUACCCAGCACGCUUGCGUCAGUAGCUGACAAAGGAACCUACCAACCAGGUACAGGGAAAAUCUGGCUGACAAAUACAAGCUGUUAUGGCUUUGAGUCUUCAAUCAAAGAGUGUGAAUACGUGUUAGCUUGGUCUAGUUGUGACCAUUCCCAGGAUGUCGGUGUCGUCUGCAAGGAAUUUACAAUUGACUAUGGCAGUGAUUCUAGAGUGCCAGUAGGACUCAUAAUUGGGGUGUCGAUUGGCUCCGUAGCCAUUCUCGGAGCGAUUGUAAUCUUCGUCAUGAUCAAAUUCCGACUGUUCAGACAAGCCCCUCCAGUUACUGUGCCGUCUCCCGUCCAGUAUUCUGCAGCACCAAAAAAUUCUCAGGCAUACAGCGGAUCCACUCCUCCACACAACCAGGAUCCUUUAAUACCAGCCUAGUAAUAUCUGUGUGUACAACUCACUGUAACUAUUGUAAUACUUCAGUAUAAAGAGCUUUUAUGGAUUAUUAUAUUUGAAUUUUUUAAAAUACUGUAUGCUUUAGGAAUAGUCUACUUUCAAGAUUUAUACAAUAUUAAAACAGCUUGACAAGGAAAAGGAAUGUUGGUACUCUGUAAUAUUUCUGCUCUCUUUUUCUCAUUAACAUUCCUUACGUGACAUUGACAGCGGCGUAAUAAAACUUUACAGUAGUUGCCAUUGAUUUGGAUAUCAGACAUGUUUACACGAAUUAGCCACGCUUUCACUGAAGGAUAGAUACUUGUUUAGUGAACGCAGAGAUCGAUUCCAGAGGGCCGUAUAUACUGAACUAAGGCCAAAUACAUAUAAAGCUUGGUUUAUUUAUUUAUUUAUUUGACUGAUGUUUAACACCAUACUCAAGAAUAUUAUACUUAUAAUCAGUAUUAUGAUAGAAGGAUAAACAGUUUCUUUUUUUUUUUAAUAAUGCAACAAUGAAACACUAUUGAAAUGUUGAGAUCUCUAAUACCAAAGUUUUUCUUGCUGUGGAAAUGGCCCCCAAUAAUACAGUGCAAAAGACAGUAUUGCGCUUUGAUACACAUUAUUAAAGAAAGGUUUGAUCUGAACAAUUAUAGGUCUAUGCUCACGCGAGAAUGAAGGCAUUGCAGUAGUGCUUUAUUUGAAACAGACGAAUAGGCUUCAUUUUCGCAGCAAUAACCAAGAAUCCAGAUAUAUAGGAUGUGCUGAAAGAAGAGAAGCAGAGAUUGACAAGGCAUUGGCGAAAGCAUUUCAUGGUUUUAACUAAAACUGUGAUGACGUGUGUAUCCAUUGGGUGCAAAAAAUACCAGUAAAACUUUUAUCUUAAUUUUGCUUUCAUUAACAAGUAACGUGGAUUUUUUUGUCUAUCGUAAAAGGAAUGGGGUUUGAUUUAAGUUUCAAUAUUAUCUAAAUCGAAAUGUGGCCUUAUUUGUAGACAGCAUUAUAACUAUUACUAUAGUAUUGAAAAGAUCAGUUUUAUGUGUGUCUGUAAAUUGUAUACUAGAUGUACAGAGAAUCUCAUAUAUGUGUGGUAUUAUCAUAUGAGAGAAUAAUACCGCCACUACUUAUUCUCCAAACCACCGCCUUUACAGAGGUGAUGUGUGAUGUGCAUCAACCGCUGGUGAAUAUACCAACAUUUCGAUUUCUCAUGAACAUAUUUAUUUGUGUUUGGUGUCUCCAAAUACAUGAUCCAUUUCGUUGUCAGCUGUUUAACUGGGCUUUAUCGCCUUUUGAUUUGUCUCAUUUGUCCUUCACUUCAGUUAAUUGUGUGUGUAAAACGUUAUUUUAUUCAUCGCUUAAUUCAUGUGUUACCCACAGCUUUCAACAUUUUCGAUUAUGUAUGGUAAGAUGUCUCUUACUGUCUGUAUUAGCUAUAUAGGUAUUUGUAUCAUCACAGAAUACAAUACCACCUCUUUUGUAUACAGGCAGGUGAAUUCUUCUACAACUUUAUACAUGCAAGUACAUUAUUACAUUAUGUAGUUAAGAUGGUUUGUCUUGUGUCGUUGUAUAAUAACAUAUGAUGUAGUUAAUGUUUUUGUACUGGGUCUAUAACGCCGCAUUCUGACAUUGUCAUGAUCUUUUGCAAUAUAACUCCUCCUUGGAACGUUAUGCAGAGAGGAUUCUAAGUAUUAAUCUCCCUGUCGCGUGGAGGAAAUUACGGCCCGCAGUAAUUAUGUCCCAAAUAUAAGUUUUUGGAAGGUAGUAUUUGACCGGACAUAUUUUUUCGCCUUAUAAUUUGUAAUUAAAUAAAUGUGAUAUGCAAUUUUCAA